AUGGAAAAUGUCAGCGCAACAAGCCUCACCGACGCUGCGCGCUUGGUGCAGGUUCUGAAGAUCAACGGCUACCCCGCGACCAGAUCCACGCGCGACAAUAGCUGCAAGAUCAGUUCAAGAUGGCAAGUAGACGGGUACGAGUGGGAGAUCCGUAUCUCUCCGGAUUACUCACAAAUUUCGUGCCAAAGUCCGUGGGUAGCACUCGAGCUUAUCUUUCUCAGUCGAUCCCGCUCCAGCAAGCACGUCAGGGCGAAUCUCGGCUGCCGAUUGGUAGAUCCGAGAGGAGUUUUAGAACCAUCCGAAGUAAAGAACCAGUUUGGGUUAUUUUUCAGUACAGGAAAUACCACAUCCAAGCUGAACCUCAUCAAGAGAGGGGAUUUGGAGGCAUCGGGCUAUCUCCAGGAUGAUGCCUUCACUCUGCAGUGCACCGUCACCGUGCUCAAGGAAUUGCCUGAACAGACAUUCCCUGUUAAGGAAACCGUUGUUCCUGCACCACCCUCUAACUUGCACCAGCAGUUCGGCGAGCUCCUGCAGAGUGCGGCCGGAGCGGACGUCACGUUUGUUGUGUCUGGCGAAUCAUUUGCUGCGCACAAGAUCAUACUCGCUGCGCGGUCUCCUAUGUUCAUGGCUCAGUUCUAUGGGCAAAUGACGGAGAAGAGCUCGCAGCAAGUCGACAUCAAGGACAUGGAGGCCGCGGUGUUCAAGGCCCUGCUCGGUUUCGUCUACAGCGACAUGGUGCCGGAGUUUGAAGAGCAGCACAAGGAUGCUGUGUCGAUGAUGGCGAUGGCGCAACAUUUGCUGGCUGCUGUGGACAGGUAUGACAUAGAAAGGCUCAAGAUUAUCUGUGAGGGAAAGCUCUCGGGGGGCAUUGACGUCGACACCGCGGCGGCUACUCUAGCCCUGGCCGAGCUGCACGGCUGUGAGCAGCUCAAGGCCAAGUGCAUCGACUUCAUUGUCCGGAGUCCUGCGGUUCUCGACGCUGUCUUGGCCACGGAGGGGUACAAGAACUUGCAGGCAAGCUGCCCUUCGGUGCUCACUGUAGGGGUGGACUAA